UUUUUUUUCUUACAGCGCGGUGAAGGAAACCAGAUCCUCCGAGGGGUCCUGCAACAGCUUCGCUGCUCCUCAGCUUCCACCGGGGAAGCAAAUCCCACAAAUUCCUCGCCUGGAAGAGGGAAGUUGGGCUGUGGGUGUCCCCCCCCCACCCCCCCCAGCAGAGUAGCAGGAGCAAGAAGCAGAUGCACGGCGUGUUUGUGCUGCACAGGCAGGCUGGGUGCCCUGCUCCUCGGAGGCAGGGAAACUGAGGCAGGGCAGCUUGCUGGGGGGGCUCUGGAGCCCCAUUUCCACCCACGUGGGGGUUUACACCCCCCCACCGCCGCUGACAGCUCCGUUCCAGCCAAGGCCAGGAUGGCUCCCCAAAUCUAGCCAGGGAGCCCAGAGCGGUGCCGGAGGUCCCUGUCCAAGUGAUGGUGGAACCGGGAUAGAGGAGCUGCCGUGAGGAUGCCUGAAGCCAAGUCCCUGAGCUCCUCUUGCCUGGUGCUUUCCUUGCUCUCCUUGCACUGGGCUUCACUCCAGCUGGGCCAGGCUUUUCCCAGCACCUCCAACUACCUCCAGCGGGGCUGGCAGAGGCUGCUGGAGGAAGGAGAAGGCUGUGCCGAGUGCCGGCCGGAGGAAUGCCCGGCGCCGCGCGGGUGCCUGGCUGGCACGGUGCGGGAUGCCUGCGACUGCUGCUGGGAGUGUGCCAACCUGGAGGGACAGAUCUGCGACCUGGACAACACCAACCACUUCUACGGCAAGUGUGGGGAACACCUGGAAUGCCGGCUGGACGCCGGGGACCUGCGUCACGGAGAGGUGCCCGAGCCCCAGUGUGCCUGCAUCUCCCACCUGGCCCUCUGCGGCUCCGACGGCAAAACCUACCCCCAGAUCUGCAGGUUCCUGGAGGUUGCCCAUGCCCACCCCGAUGCCAACCUCACCGUGGCCCACGAGGGUCCCUGUGAGUCAGAGCCCCAGAUCACCUCUCCUCCCUACGACACGUGGAACAUCACUGGGCAGGAUGUCAUCUUUGGCUGUGAGGUCUUCGCCUAUCCCAUGGCAUCCAUCGAGUGGAGGAAGGAUGGUAUGGAGAUGUUGCUGCCUGGAGAUGACCCCCACAUCUCUGUCCAGUUCAGAGGUGGCCCCCAGAAAUACGAAGUGACGGGCUGGCUCCAGAUCCAGGGCGUGCGGGUGACGGAUGAAGGCACCUACCGCUGCUUCGCCAGGAACAGGGUCGGGGAGGUGGUGGCAUUAGCCAGCCUGACUGUCUUCACGCCAGACCAGCUCAACCUGACAAGCUUUUCCCUGCCGAAGCCCCACACGAUGCCUGAGGACUACGGGGAGAGCGAGGAGGACUAUUACUAGCCCGGAGAUGGGAUGGCCGGCUGCAGAAAUCACCUUACCACUCGGUGGCCUCUUCCCGAGGUUUGGGGACAUCUCCAGAGCAAGCAACCUCCAGCCCAAAACUCCUUCUCUGAGCAGUCCUGGUGCAGCAGCCUCUUUUUUUUGGGGUGGGGGAAAGGGUGACACAUCCCCCAGGCUGGGGGUGCUCGGGGAGGGGACACUCACUGGCUGGUUGGUGGCUCAGGGCUGGAGCUCUGUCCUCCAGGCACCGAGGGGGAAUGCGUUGGCAGGUGGGACACUGUAAGGAAAGUCAUGCUGUGUGUGACAAGGACUUGGUGCUUGGGGUACGGGCAGCCCUCCCCGGGAGAGGGACACCAGGACAGGGACAUCUUGGGGGAGCCCGAGCAGUGGGCUGGGACCUGGCCAUGACACCCAGCGUGUCACCCCUGGGGCUGAUCUGCGUUCCCCAAGCACGGGGGAGAGUCUGACUUCUCCCCGGGACCCAGAGAACCUGCUGCCAAAACAUCCUUUUUUCUCCCAUUUAGCCUCGAACCGGAAAAGUAGUGAUUUGAGGAAACCAGAUGCUUGUGGUUUUCAGUGCUGUCUUCUUCUCCAGCCCAACCACGAGUGUGGUCAGAAACACUUUUGGCCUUUUUCGACGGACUUUGUGCUUUCCCUUCCGUGCAGCCCUGCCCUUUGCCAUUUUGGUUACUGAUGGUUAAAAUAUAGACGUAGAAAGGGACACAGAGCAGGCAACUGUCCUCUGGCCAUGGUGACUAUUCUUGGGGUGAGAGAGGGUACAAACACUAUGGAUGCUACCUUGUCCUUCCCAGUGAUGCUUGGGUUGGGGAGCCCGUCCUGGGGCUCACAGCUGGUCCUGGUGUGGGUCCUGCCCCUCGUGAAGAUGAGGGUACCCAGCAGACCAUCCCCUGUGCAGUGAGGAUGCAUCAAGCUGGAUCUUUGCACCUCCAUUGGUUCGGGUCCUAUUCCACCUCUGCCUACCCUCAUCUUGGGGUCUUCUGCCCCAUGGGGGGCACUGGGCAUCUCCACCCUGGUGACCAUAAGCCCUGCCAGCACACAGGGGGCAGAGCAGCUCGGUGCCUGGCUGGGGAAGGACAGGGAGGCUCCCAUUUCCACUGGAAAUGCUCAAAGAAAACUCACCUGCCUCCAAGAGCUGGUGUUUUAGAGCAAAUUCAUUUUAGGAGAAGGUUAGGAAAGAAGCCCAGAGCUGUGGAAUGCUGCUCCAUGCCCAGAGAGGGCUGGCAGGACCCCUUCCUGUGGGCAUCCCAGGGCUGAGCUCACACUCAAGGGGGGCUUUGCCUCCUCCCCCGCCAAAAACUAUCAGAAUUUUAGAGGGUUUUUGAGACUCAAAAACCCUCUAUGGACUGAACUGCUCCUGGUUACUCAAUCCCAGCUCCAGGGAGGUCCAGAGCCAGACCCCGGGAGGAAGGAGCUGGCUUGUCCCCAGGCAGGAGCGGGCAGGAUGCGACGAGGCUGGUGGCUUGGGCACCGCACCGCUCUCCUUCCCCUUUAGUUUUAUAUUUUGUUUUUUCCCUGUUCUUUUCUUCC